GGUGCGGGCGCCAUAAGCCCCAGAUACACUCUUAUUGGUCGGUGGGCUAACGGUGCCUGUGCCAGAUAAGAUACUCGGGUUAGGGAAGAGAUCGGCAUUCUUCGGAGACGCGUGAGGGGAUUCCGGUCAGGGGGAAGUCGAUGAAACUGUUGAAACUGUGAUCCUACUGGUUCAGGGCAGAGUGUAGGCAUCCGUCAUUCUUGUUCAUGGUCCGUCGGCCUCUAUUUUAGGCACCGAUCGAUGCCAAAACCCUAAUUAAGGGACAGGGACGCAGCAAGAUCAGGUUAUAUGACCCUCCAUCGGGCUGCAUCUUGUGGCCGACCAAGACGCCAGGCAAGGCUUCCCCGGCGGGGACUUCUGAACCAAGAAACUGACGCCGUUGUUUCCGUCUUGGAAUGUCCUGAAAGAAGGUUUGAGCUGGCGAAAAAUUCUGCUGACUUCACGUGACCGUGCCUCAGGUCUCAAUCCCCCAAGGGGGCAACUUCAGAACGAAUACGAUGAUCUCCAUCCUCCACGCCAACCAUGAACGAUCAGCUGCCCAUGCAGAUUCGCUCGCGGAGGUCACACAAUAAGUCCCGCGCAGGAUGUCAGAAUUGUAAGAAACGGCGUGUCAAGUGUGAUGAGAAAAAGCCACAAUGCACCAAAUGUGUGCGACAUUCGAUCGAAUGUGAUUUUGCUUCCCCGGCCUCGUCGACCUCCCCAGAUCCAACCCGCCGAUUCCGGUUUCGACCAUCCAAAUAUCAACCCGGUUCACGGACAUCACCUCCAAGCACUCAUACAGAAGCUGUAAGAAGCUCAGCUGCAUCCACAUCCACCGGAGUGCAAUGUGAUCUCGCCGGCAGUGGCCUUUCCGGCGGCAUCUCCUUCGCCGAUCUGAAGCUCUACCACCAUUUUGUGACCUCGACCUACAAAACCUUGACAGACGAGAAAAUGGACCACAAACGCGUCUGGUCACAUCAUGUUCCGCAAUGGGGUAUCUCGUUCCCCUCCAUCAUGCAUCUAAUCCUGGCGCUGUCGGCGCUGCAUCUGGCGCAUGGGGAUCCCGCCUCGCGCACGCAGUUCAUCGCUCAAGCGGACGAUCACUUCACCUUUGGCGUCCGAUCGGUAUCUGCUGUUCUGUGUCUGCUCAAUACGGAAAACUGUCAGCUGAUCUACAUGUCUGCGGCAUUGAUUUGCCUGGUGUAUUUCGGUCGUGGACCCCGUCAUGGCGAGUAUCUGGUGUUCAGUGACACCGGCCAGUCCGAGUGGCUCGUUCUCUUGCAUGGUGUCCAUUCUAUUAUCUCGCAAAAUCAUGAUCGUGUCUUCACCGGAGUUCUAGAGCCGAUACCGGACAAUAGUAUCGGUGGCGUGAGUGCCGAGUUGCAGGGAGAACUGGACGAGCAUCUGCAACAGGUUCGACAAGUCCAGGCUUUUAUCCUGUCUCAUGUUACCGAUGAAAUGUCCCGAGCUAUGUUUGAAGCUACCUUAAAUGACCUGCGCUCGGCGUUCGAGGAAAUAUAUAAGCUGCGCAGCGCUGGGAAGGAUGGCAUCUGUCUGAUGCAUCUGGUGAUAGGGUGGGUGUACCGUUUACGGGCCGAGAUGAUCUCCCUGUUGGAGCAGAAGGACCGAUACGCAUUGAUUGCCUUUGGGCAUUGGAGUAUCUUACUGGUGUAUAUGCGGUCAUCGUGGCUGAUGCAGGGAUGGGAUGCGCAUGUGCUACAUGGUGUGCGCACGUCCUUGGGAGAGGAAGACCAGCACUGGCUUGCGUGGCCGAUCCAGGUGAUUGAAGGGGGAGCAUCUACACCUACUACUUCUCUACUGUGAUAGUUAUAUAAUAACAGACUGUAUAUUCUUAUCUACAUAUGAAUGACCGGAAUAACGAACCACAUUAAAGAAAAACAUCUUGAACCCUUCCCAAACCAUAUGCACCAAAAUAACCCAAUGACGAAACAAAACUAGAACUAAUCAGAGUACACAGAAAAUCUUAAGCCCCCCUCUCCUCAUGCCCAAUAUCUG